CUCAGACAUGUCAACUUGAAGCAGUACUCUAAUGACUAUAUGUUGUAUUAUAAAAAAAAACUGCAUUAUGUAAUAGUAACCACAUUUUAGGUGCUUUGGGAGAAAAGGGUGGACAUGUUAUCCUAAUGGAACUGAUACAUGUAUACAACAGCAUCGUAUACAAUGCCAAAACUACGUGUUUUCUGUCAUUUUUAAACAUCUGACAUUGUGAAUUAGUAUUUGCAACAGCACUCAAAGGGAAACCAAAGAAAUCAUUAAAUGCCAAGCAGGGAUUACCCCUGUGUGUGUGUGUGUGUGUGUGUGUGUGUGUGUGUGUGUGUGUGCGUGCGUGCGUGCGUGCGGCGCUGUGUGUUUGUCUGUGGCUGUGUGGAGAUUGGGUCUGUUGUGCAUUCCUUGUAUUGCAUGUUCACAUUCAGCUAAGCUCUGAGAGGGGGAUGGAAGGAACAGGAGGGAGGAGUUAGUGUCAUAUAAAUGCAGGCAUGUGUCCGCCUGCUAGAAAACUCAUAGAUUUUCCUCUAGCAGCGAGAGGAGGUGAGAAGUUGACAGGGAGUGCCACCUGACCACACAUGAUGUGGCUGAUUGUUCUUUACAGUUGCACCGGUGGAGCAGCUCUUUUGUAUGCUUUGUACAGAUGGGUGAUUCCUGCUGCUGUGCAGUAUCAUGGAGGAUUGGCGCUGAUCUGGCAUGAUGUCAUUGUGGAGCGGAUGCUGGACACUCUGACCCAGUCCACACGUCCUCAGCGAAUUCUGGCUGCCGUACAGAAAAACGCCACUAGAGGGGACCCUCGCAGCGUGGUUAAAGCUAUCGAUCAUUUCUGCAGAAACAAGGAGUGGGCCAUGAAUGUGGGGGAUGAGAAAGGGUGUAUUCUUGACUCAGUGGUGUCAGAGGUAAACCCAGCCACUGUGUUGGAGCUGGGAACCUACUGUGGCUACUCCACGGUGCGGAUUGCCAGCCUGCUUCCACCCAACGCCAAGCUCAUCACUCUUGAAUUUAACCCAGACUUUGCUGCAAUUGCUCGUCAAGUCAUCGCUUGGGCAGGAUUAGAGGACAAGGUCCAGUUAGUUGAAGGAGCAUCUGGUGACUGGAUCCCCAAAAUGAAGGAGCAGUUUGGAGUGAAAACAUUUGAUUUGGUUUUCCUGGAUCACUGGAAGAAUAGUUACCUUCCUGACACAAAAUUGAUGGAGGAGUGUAGCCUCCUCAGGAAAGGCAGCGUCCUGCUGGCAGACAACGUCAUCUGCCCCGGAGCUCCUGAAUACCUGGAAUUUAUCCGGAGCAGCCCACGAUACAAGAGCCAGUACUUCAAAUCUCACCUGGAGUACACCAAAGUGGAGGAUGGCUUGGAGAAGUCUGUCUUCUUAGGGUAGUUUUUAACAAAAAAUGUGAUGUUUUACACAGGUAGUAAACCUCAGACCUCUGUUGUCUUGGGUUCAUUGAACAGACCUAAAAUCUGAAGUUUUUUAAUAUGUCAUAGAGAAUAUUAAAUUGAAAUUAAAAGUAACCUGUGAAGGAA